CUCACUUGUUAUUUUUUUUUUUCUUUUUUCAAUGACUUAUAAAAAUAGACCCAUUAUAAGAAUUCUAUUAGUAUCAUUUAUUCUAAUAACAAGCAUAUAUACAUUCAUACAAAUCUUCUAUUUCAAUCAUACAACAAAUACUUUAAAACAAUCAUCAUCAAGAUUUGAAGAUGACUACUUUUAUUACAGCAACUCAGUAUGGCAGCAUACAAACCCUACACAUUUAAAUUAUCCUCAUAAUAGAUUUAAAGCUGCUUUUUAUACAUUUGUUAAAAGUGAUCGUACUUCACUUACAAAAUUACGUUCAACUAUUCGUAAUUUAGAAGAUCAGUUUAAUAAGAAGUAUCAUUAUCCUUACAUCAUUUUUUCUAAUGAAGAUUUGAAUGAAGAAUUUCGAGAAUUAACAAGUUCGAUAGUGGCUGAUUCUUCAACUACAAUACGUUUUGAGAAAGUGAAUGACGAUUUAUAUGGUUAUGGACCUAAUACGGAUUUAAAGAAAGCAGAAAAAGCACGUAAUACUUUAAGUGAUAUUAUGUUUGGUGAUAAUGAAGAUUAUCGAUUUCAAUCAAGAUUUAUGGCUGGUACCAUUUAUAGACAUCCCCUCAUGCAAGAAUUAGAUUAUGGUUGGCGAUUUGAGGCUGGAACUGAAUAUAUUUGCCCUAUUAAUGAAGAUCCAUUUCAAUUUAUGUUUGAAAACAAUAAAACAACUUCAUUUUCGAUGGCUUUAUAUGAAUAUCGAGAAACAGUUCCUACUUUAUAUCAAACAGUUCUUGAUUACGCAAAGGAUCAUAUUCAUUGGAUCCAACCUUUUGGUGACUCGAAUAAUCUUUGGCAUUUUAUUUUGAAUGAAAACAAUAAAUUCAAUUAUUGUCACUUUUGGAAUAAUUUUCAGUGAAAAGUAUCAAUCAUUUUUCAAUUAUUUAGAUGAAGCAAAUGGCAUUUUUUAUGAAAGAUGGGGCGACCCAAUCAUUCAAUCUUUAGGAGCUGUUUUAUUCUUAAAAAAACAAGAUGUUCAUUUUUGGGAAAAUAUAGGAUAUCGUGUGUCUGAUUUCUUUACUCAUUGUCCUUUAGAAAGAUCGCUUUAUUCGAAAUGUACUUGUGUUCCUGAACACAGUUUUGAUUAUAACGGUUAUAGUUGUUUAAGGUUUUAUUAAUAAAAAAAAAAAGGAAC